AUGAGAAAUAUUUCUGGUUCAAAUGGCUAUUGGUUUGACAUUGUUGACUCUCUUCCUGAAGACGCUGUUGAAAUUAUACAAUACUCAUAUCACACGUUAGAAAAUUACUACUAUGUCCCAAGUGAAGAUGUCUUUUACUAUUUCAUGGGAACUCAAUACAGACGAAUGAAUGUCUUAAGACAGUAUAGCAAAGAUUAUAUAAACAUUACAGAUGUAGAAGGAAGAAGAACAAAGCUGUCUAUUGCAAAGUUUAAGAGAGACAAUGGUUAUACAUAA